AUGCCUCAUUACGAGGAGAGGGACGGAAUCAUUGCUAAGAUACCAAACUUUUGGAAGAUUGUCCUUUCGCAACAUGACGAUUUUGCUAACUAUGUAAGGGCAUCAGAUUUCAAAUACAUCGACGCAAUUCAAUUCCUCGUAGUUAAGUGGCAAUCACCGAGGGAUUUUGAUAUUAUAGUAGGAUUCCAAUCAGUGGAUCAAGAAUUACCUAGCCAAACUGUGAAAAAGCAUUUUUAUCACGAUGGUGAUGAAAUGAAAAGUCAAGCUGUAGAAUUAAAGCAUAAUUUACCACCAAGGAAGAGACGUAAUAGAUUUUUCGAUUGGUUUCAAUGGCAAGGCUUGGAUGAUAAGGGUGAAUUCCCCAACGGCGAUGAGUUAGCUCGGUUAAUAGCCGAUGAGAUAUAUCCGCUAUGUGUGAAAUUUUACACCGAAGCUCAGCGGGAUGUUGCUGAUGAGGACAGUGAUGAAGAGAGUAGCGAACCUGAACUAUUGUAA